AUGCUUUUACCGGAAGGGUGCGACUACCUGCUUCAUUUAACUUUUUCAGAAUCUGUCAAUUCACUAGUAUCAAAUCGAGAACACAACAUCUUUGUUGCGUUGACAAAUACUUUUCUCUACUUUUACCUUGCGGAUACUCAUCUGUUAGCUUGUAUUUAUCAAAGAGAGGAUGAAGAUAUUUCAGAAAGAGGCUUUUUCAAAACAGCAUAUUGGAAACCAGACUCUACUGCGAUUGCUGUGACGACUUCAAAGAAUUUUGUUUGCAUAUUUAAUGUUGAAAUUUCACGUGAAUCAUCGUUCAAUUUACACGAUCCUGUCGGAGAAAAUACAGAUUUUACUCGUGAAUCGACUGAGCUCUUCAUGAAUAAAAGCAGGCCGCAUAUCAACGUAAAUCUAGCCGUUGUGGCAAGAUUGGAAUCUACACCAACGUGCAUUCUUACAUUCAAAGAGGAAUUGUUCGUUUGUUUAAAAGAUGGUUGGUUGCACAGACUAAGUUGGUCAGGAAAUAUUUUACAUGAACUUUCCUUCAAUAUUCGUUCUAUUCAACAUGAGCAAACUAGCCUCAAUAAAAAUCAACGUAAAGAUGUUGGUUAUUUUGUCUCCGACAUUUCUCCGUUUCUCGGUGGAAUCUGUAUUGUUUAUAGCGAUGGCAAGGCUGCGUUAGUUGUAUCUAGUAUUUCUGAAUUUCGUCCUGGAUCGAUAAGCAUUCUUUUUGCUGGAGGAUUAAAUGAUGCUUGUUGUUGCUCGACUAAUUUUAAAUUCCGUCUUCUCUAUUUUGGAUGUAAAAACGGUGAAAUCGCUGCGUAUUCAACGAACGAUGUAGAUGGUGGACUGAUUCAACUUUUCAGAAUAGGUUUAUCUAUCAAAGAUGGAACUGAGCUGUUAGAAAAGCUUUCUUCUAUUAGACAAAUAAAUUGCUUAAGUCCUUCUGGUGAUGCUUUUGCUGUUUUGUGGGAUUCUAAACAGAAAUUUGCCUCUAAUAACCACAAUGGCGAUCUUAUUAAUGGAGAUGCUGAACUAAUUUGUGCAAAAACUAAUAGUCAUCAUAUGUCUUGUCCACCAGUCUUGGCAAUCUUUAGUCCUUUUGGUGAACAAUGGUGGUGUUCUUUGGAAGAUAGUACAAUUGCAUUAGGUAAAAAUCGUCAAAGUAAUACAGCUUUUGAUAAUUAUGAAUAUACAUCUAUGGAUUGGUCGUUGGAAGGUUAUCAACUUUGGCUUGGAACAUCAAAUGGUAAUCUUCAUUUGAUCAAUAUUGUUAAAUCUAUACAGAACAUACAUGAUGCGAUGGUAUUUGUGGGCUCAGAUCGCAUUUUUGUCUGUCCAACAACUCAAAACGAGCAGAUUGCUAGCCACUUGAUAUGGCAGCUGAUAAAACCUCCUCAUGGCUAUAUCACUGCAAAUUGGCCGAUAAAACACGUCUCAGUCAGUAGACAUAUUGAUUUUGAUAAGAUACUGGCGAUUGGAGGAUCCCACGGAUUUUGUUUUUUCAAUUUUAGAACUAAAAAAUGGCGAAUGUUCAGAAAGGAAGCUGAGGAAAGAUCGUUAUUUCUUACUGGAGGGUUAGACAUUUUUGGUUCUUUCAUUCUUUGUGCAGCAUGUAACCUUGACACAAAGGACGAACUACUCUAUGUUUUCCGUAUAGAAGAUCAACUUGAUGUAGAUUUGGCUCAUUUUAUUUCUACUAAUAGAAUUCUCCAGAUGAAAAUAUGUAAUUCUUUUCUGUUGACUUUUGGAGUUGAUUCAAUGAUCAGCAUAUACUCACUUACAAUUUCGGACACGAAACAAUUACUAAUUGAGUGUAUUGCUGAAAUCAGAGUUGCUGAGUUUCUCCAUCAUCCAAAUUUUAGUUUUUGUUUAAAUAUAUUUUUAUUUCUUUUGUUUUUAGGUCUAAUAUCUAUGGAACUGGCAAAGCUUAACUUUCAUUCAGAUGCUUUGUCAUUUUGCAGUGAUCUUGAUUCAUUACUUAUAAAUGCAUCUGGGCAUUUGUUACUUUUGAGUCCUAUGGAAUCCGCUGUCCAACAGAUGAAAGGCCAACAUAAGGAAAUUUUCAAUGAAAACAUAUUAGAAUUUCAACUACACCCGCCGACAUUAGUGGCAUCAUAUGUAGAAGAAUUCUGGAUUGUGCAUCCUUUUAGUUGCUCAUCUUCUUUUUGUGAUGAGAAACACAAUUUUACAAUUCCUUAUUUAAGUGAAGCACUUUGGAUAAAUGCAGGGUGUAGAAAGUUCAGGUUGUGGUUGCCGCUUUCAAUUGAUUCUCAAGACAAAAACAUAUCAGCUGAUCUCAUUAAGCUGCCACAACUUCGACAAAAUUCCCGUGCCUUCAUAUCGCGUCGAAUUAUGAUUCCAUUCAGUCUGGAAAUUUAUCCAUUCUAUAUUGAUCAUAAUUAUCUGGCUUGUGGAGCGAAUGUAACUUCUUUGAGUUUUUCCAAUAUCACAAGCAAAGUUGCUUCUACUGAUGACAUUUCAACCACUUCAGAGCUUACGGAGUGUGAUUCACUUAGCGAUUUUGUUUCUUUAGCAAAGAGUGAUGAUGACGCUGUUCUUUCAGUGCGGAGCUUAACAAAAACAUAUGAAGUUUCUUUUAAUUUACGAAAUAUGUGUAAUGUAAAAUUCCAGGUUUUUAUUCACAAAUUAAUCAAACAACUUUUAAAGCGAAAUCUAGGAUCGUAUGCUUUUGAUCUAGCGUCUGCUUGUCGUUCCAUCUCUUAUUUUGGACAUAUACUUGAGCUUCUUUUACACGAUCUGUUGGACGAGGAAGCAUCGUCAUCGGAACCGAUACCAGAUCCACUCUUACCUAGGGUUGUUUCAUUCUUGCGUGAAUUUCCGGACGAAUAUCUAGCAACUAUUAUUCACUGUGCUCGCAAAACUGAGCUUGCUUUUUGGAAUCUUCUUUUCUUCGUGAGCAACCACCCUCGACAACUUUUCCAGAUGUGUCUCGAGGAAAGUCGUCUUGAGCUCGCUACGAGUUGUCUGGUCAUUUUACAUAGUUUGACGAGUAUUGAUGAAAGUUCUAAGCUCGCUUGUAAGCUGCUUGAAGAGGCUAAAAGAAAGCAAAGAUGGAAAGUCGCUCAGGACAUCAUCAGAUUUAUGCAGAACAUAAACCGAGCAACUGAAAAAGAUUCUGAUUUAGAGAAUGUACCAACAAGUCCAAUCCAAGGAAAACUAACAUCUUUUCAUCACCAACAUGUUACCCCUCCUUUCAAUUUGUCAAACGAUGAGCUGAGCUUCCCAUUGUUCAGUUCUCAAGUUGAAAUUGGUUUGUCCUUUAUAAAUCGCUUAUUUAUGCAAAUAUGUAGUUUCUUUAAAAUGAAUGGAUUAAUAAAAAUAAAUUUAGAACCUUCUUAUGUUCAGCAAAGAAGAAUAUCGGGAUCAGGAAAAUCGUCAGAUCCAUCAAGACAUGUAACUGCUUAUACUGGUGUACGUAGAUUGAACUGA